AUGCUCGUGUCUCCUAUACGCGUACACGGCAUCCUCACAGAUCUCCUGGAAACACAGGAGUCAGCAGGCCCCCACACCGCACUCCUCAUCACCCCACAGGGCCAGCUCCUGUGUCACGCCACCUUGCCAGACACAGACGACGACAGCCUCGAUGGCGACAGCGAGGGAUCGGGAGCGGUCGACGGCGACGGCGACGGCGACGUCCACAAGGGCAAUGGACACGGACCCGGGAGUGAAGACGGUGGAUAUGACGCGGCCAGUGAUGAGGACGAGGGCGACGACGACGAGCCGUGGCUCGAGGGUCCAGAGCGCUUGCGCCUCCUCCUCGGUCUCGCGAGUCAGUGGGAGGAGGACGAGUCGCCGCGUGUAGAGUGCGAGCUUGGCCGCCUGUUUCUGCGCCCCAUCGCGCUGCCCGAGCCUGAAGUGCCUGCACCUACUGCCGCAGUCCCCGCUGUCAAGGCUCCAGUCCUGAGCUCGUUUGUGCUGGUGCUCAACGGCACCUCCGACACGCCGUGGACAGAGCUCGCCGCCAAGGCCGACCUCUUCCUUACGCAAUGGUAUUAA